GUUAAAGCUAGAAAGAAAGGUAGGGCCUCCCAGGGAGUAGUCUCAGUGUGUGGGAGCAUGUUCUGAGGGUACUCUUCAAACAUGGGAGUAACUGUUUCCCCUGACUGUCCCCAGGCCUGUGCCCCUCUCUGGUCUCGUGCUUGCGGCAGCUCUGUCUUCAGUUCUGGAAUAUGUGCUCGUGUGGAUGCUUCAUUCCAGCCCCAGGGAAGCCUGGCACCCACUGCCCAACGUUGCCCCACCUACAUGGAUGUUGUCAUUGUCUUGGAUGGCUCCAACAGCAUCUACCCCUGGUCUGAAGUUCAGACUUUCCUGCGGAGGCUGGUAGGAAGAUUGUUUAUUGAUCCAGAGCAGAUUCAGGUGGGACUAGUACAGUAUGGAGAAAGUCCUGUACAUGAGUGGUCCCUGGGAGAUUUCCGAACCAAGGAAGAAGUGGUGAAAGCAGCCAGGAACCUCAGCCGGCGGGAAGGACGAGAAACAAAGACUGCCCAAGCAAUAUUGGUGGCCUGCACAGAAGGGUUCAGUCAAUCCCGGGGAGGCCGACCAGAGGCUGCCAGGCUACUGGUGGUUGUCACUGAUGGAGAAUCACAUGAUGGAGAGGAGCUUCCAGCAGCACUAAAGGCCUGUGAGGCUGGAAGAGUGACACGCUAUGGGAUUGCGGUUCUUGGUCACUACCUUCGGCGUCAGCGAGAUCCCAGCUCUUUCCUACGGGAAAUUCGAGCUAUUGCCAGUGAUCCUGAUGAGCGAUUCUUCUUCAAUGUUACUGAUGAGGCUGCACUGACUGACAUUGUAGAUGCCCUAGGAGACCGAAUUUUUGGCCUUGAGGGGUCUCAUGGAGAAAAUGAAAGUUCCUUUGGGCUGGAAAUGUCUCAGAUUGGUUUCUCCACUCAUCGACUAAAGGAUGGGAUUCUCUUUGGGAUGGUGGGGGCCUAUGACUGGGGAGGCUCAGUGCUAUGGCUUGAAGAAGGUCAUCGACUUUUCCCCCCACGAACAGCCCUGGAAGAUGAGUUUCCCUCUGCCCUGCAGAACCAUGCAGCCUACCUGGGUUACUCUGUCUCCUCCAUGCUUUUGCGGGGUGGACGCCGCCUCUUUCUCUCAGGGGCUCCUAGGUUUAGACACCGAGGAAAAGUCAUCGCCUUCCAACUUAAGAAAGAUGGGGCCGUGAGGGUCGCCCAGAGCCUCCAGGGGGAGCAGAUUGGUUCAUACUUUGGCAGUGAGCUUUGCCCAUUGGAUACAGAUAGGGAUGGGACAACUGAUAUUUUACUUGUGGCUGCCCCCAUGUUCCUGGGACCCCAGAACAAGGAGACAGGACGUGUUUAUGUGUAUCUGGUGGGCCAGCAGGCUUUGCUCACACUCCAAGGAAUACUUCAGCCAGAACCUCCCCAGGAUGCUCGGUUUGGCUUUGCCAUGGGUGCUCUUCCUGAUCUGAACCAAGAUGGAUUUGCUGAUGUGGCUGUAGGGGCACCCCUGGAGGAUGGGCACCAGGGAGCACUAUACCUGUACCAUGGAACCCAGAGAGGAGUCAGGCCCCAUCCUGCCCAGAGAAUUGCUGCUGUCACCAUGCCACAGGCCCUUAGCUACUUUGGCCGAAGUGUGGAUGGCCGACUAGAUCUGGAUGGAGAUGAUCUAGUAGAUGUGGCUGUGGGUGCUCAGGGGGCAGCCAUCCUGCUCAGCUCCCGGCCCAUUGUCUACUUGGCUCCAUCACUGGAGGUGACCCCACCUGCCAUCAGUGUGGUCCAGAGGGACUGUGGGCGGCGAGGCCAGGAGGCAGCAUGCUUGACUGCAGCCCUUUGCUUCCAAGUGACCUCCCGCACACCUGGACGCUGGGAUCACCAAUUCUAUGUGCACUUCACAGCAUCAAUAGAUGAGUGGAUGGUAGGGGCACGUGCAGCAUUUGAUGGCUCUGGUCAGAGGAUGCCCCCUCGGCAGCUCCAGCUCAGCGUGGGGAAUGUCACUUGUGAGCAGCUGCACUUUCAUGUGUUGGAUACAUCAGAUUAUCUCCGGCCAGUGGCCUUGACUGUGACCUUUGCCUUGGACAACACCACAAAGCCAGGGCCUGUGCUGGAUGAAGGUUCACCCACCUCUAUACGAAAAUUGGUCCCCUUCUCCAAAGACUGUGGCUCUGACAAUGAAUGCAUCACAGACCUGGUGCUUCAAGCUAACAUGGACAUCAGAGGCUCCAGGAAGGCCCCAUUUGUGGUUCGAGGUGGCCGGAGGAAAGUGCUGGUAUCAGCAACUUUGGAAAACAGGAAGGAAAAUGCCUACAACACUAGCCUGAGUCUCAGCUUUUCUAGAAACCUCCACCUAGCCAGUCUCACUACUCAGAGGGACAGCUCAGUAAAGGUGGAAUGUGCAGCUCCUUUCCCUAAUGCCCGGCUCUGCAGUGUGGGGCAUCCUGUCUUCCAGACUGGAGCCAAGGUGACCUUUCUGCUUGAGUUUGAGUUUAGCUGCUCCUCACUCCUGAGCCAGGUCUUGGUGAGGUUGAAUGCCAGUAGCAGUAGCCUGGAAACAAAUGGGACCCUUCAAGAUAACACAGCCCAGACCUCUGCCUACAUCCAGUAUGAGCCUCAUCUCCUAUUCUCUAGUGAGUCCACCCUGCACCGCUAUGAGGUUCACCCCUAUAGGACCCUCCCAGUGGGUCCUGGCCCUGAAUUCAAAACUACUCUUAGGGUUCAGAACCUUGGCUGUUAUGUGGUCAGUGGCCUCAUCAUCUCAGCUCUUCUUCCAGCUGUAGCCCAGGGAGGCAAUUACUUCCUGUCACUAUCUCAAGUCAUCACUGAUAAUGCAAGCUGCACAGUGCAGAACCUGACCAAGCCCCCAGGCCCCCCUGUGCAUCCAGAGGAGCUUCGGCACACAAACAGGCUGAAUGUCAGCAAUACUUGGUGUCAAGUUGUGAGGUGCCACCUUGGGCAGCUGGCAAAGGGGACCGAGGUCUCUGUUGGACUACUGAGGCUGGUUCACAAUGAAUUUUUCCGGAGGGCCAAGUUCAAGUCUGUGACAGUGGUCAGUACCUUUGAGCUGGGAACUGAGGAAGGCAGUGUCCUACAGCUAACUGAAGCGUCCCGUUGGAGUGAGAGCCUCCUGGAGGUGAUUCAGACCCACCCUGUCCUCAUCUCCCUGUGGAUCCUCAUUGGCAGUGCCCUGGGAGGGCUGCUCCUGCUUGCUCUCCUUGUCUUCUGUCUGUGGAAGCUUGGCUUCUUUGCACGUAAGAAAAUCCCUGAGGAAGAAAAAAGAGGAGAGAAGCUGGAGCAAUGAAUGUAAAAUAAGGCUCUAGAAAGUCCUGCCUGGCAGCUUCUUCAAGAGACUUGCGUCAGAGGAGAGGUUUGGAGGCUCAGAGGGGACAAGAAGAUGCUUCUGGACUAACUCCCCAGACCUGCAGCUUGACUUGACUUUUGAGUCCUGAGAAUGUUGCUGGCAAGAGAUGAAGCUUUACCUCAAAAAAAAAAAAAAAAAAAAAAGGCUGGCACAAGAACUAGCAACACUCCCACCCAGUGCUUCCCUAUUCCUCAGGAUCCCGGUUCCACAGCCAAUACUGGGGUCUCUGUUCCUCCCACCCAUCACCACCAGAAACAAAAGAAUUUUUCUCCUAGGUCUCUCUCCUUCCAGAACCCUUUGUCCUGGAAAGGAUGAGUGUUAUCCUCCUCCAUUCCCCCACUCUCUCACCUUUCUGCCUAUUCCCCACUCCACAGGAGGGAGCUGGCAUUGGCUUGCAAGAUGUAAAGUCAACAUCUGCUGCUUUCCUGUGGAGUCUAGUGAUUCAUAGAGCCGGAUGGGGAGAGUCAACAGGAAAAAAGGAGGGAGGAGGAAAAGCCACAAGAGACACUCUGUACAAUUCCAAGGAACAGAGAAGCCUUUAGACAGGCAACUGCCAUCCCCCCUGAAACCUGAGACUCUGUGGUGCACUCGCCAACCCUCAGGUGCUGGGGACACAGAGCUGCCCCCAGGCUUGCUGGGCAUGGGCUUCCCAACCCUUCGCCUUCCCUGGGAGCAAAGCCAGGGCCAGGUGCCUGAUUUUCUGGAGCCAGGGGCCCCCAGGUGGCUGAAACUAGAAUAGCAGAGAAGACCAGGUAGUUAAGCUUUGUUUUCUCUACUUCUCUGACCUUACUUGCUCUCUUCAGCCCUCCUUGGAGUCUCAUAGAAAGCCAAGAGAAGAAUACUGCUGGAUGGUGGGAAACUCUUUUGCUUUACCAGCUUUGGGAAGCAGUAGCCCCAUGGGCUCCGAACAAGUAGGGUGUACAUUGAGAAGUCAAAGUGGGCAGCAUGAGUUCUCUAGGGAGCAAGCCCCUUCUUGCCCAGCACUGGUUGUGUAGCACAAAUAGCUCUUAGGAAAAUGUUUCUGGGGCAACCCCAAUCAUACUUUGUAGGGUUUCUCUGUUGGAAUCAGUUUAUCAGACCUUGUUUGCUGUUUACUGGAAAUCCCCAAGUAAAUUUCUGACCUACUCCACCCUCAUCCCAUAUUUUGGUCAUGGCCAUUAAAGGCAAUUGGAUUAUCAUAGA